AUGGAGGAGGUGGUGGAGGUCGUGAAGCAAGAGGUGGUGAAGAAGGAGGCGGAGGUGAAGCAGGAGGUGGAGGAGGAGGUGGAGGAGGACGGGGUGGAGGACGGGGUGGAGUACGGGGUGGAGUACAGGGUGGAGGACGGGGUGGAGGAGGGAUACUCGAUGCCGUCCUGCGCCAAGCGGUACCAGUGCGACCAGUGCCCCUACGGUACGGACCAACGGAGCAGCAUGACCAUCCAUGGGAGGACGCACACGGGCGAGAGGCCGUUCAAGUGCGAGGAGUGCGGCAAGGCGUUCGCGCAGUCGACCACCCUGCACAGGCACCGGCGGACGCACACGGGCGACAGGCCCUUCGCGUGCGAGGCCUGCGGCAAGGCCUUCGCGCAGCGGACAACCCUCCGCAAGCACCGGGCGACUCACGCGCGCGACGCCCCGCUCGCUUGCGGCGUGUGCGGCAGGUGCUUCGCCCGGCCGGGGCACCUCCGGCGGCACGCUGAGACGCACGCGGCCGGCAGGUCGCUCGACUGUGCCGUGUGCGGCAAGGCGUUCGCGCACCUGGGCCACCUGCGCGUCCACGAGAGGGCGCACGCGGGCGACAGGCCGUUCGUGUGCGGCGCGUGCGGGAGGGCCUUCGCCGACAUGGGGAGCUUGCGCAAGCACCGGAGGAUACACGCCGGCGGGAAGCCUUUCGAGUGCACCGUUUGCGGCAAGGCGUUCGCGCAGCUGGGCUACCUCAAGAAGCACCGAAGGAUACACAUGAGGCGGAGGGUCCACGGGUGUUCCUUCUGCGGCCAGGUGUUUGCGGGCCCAGAAGACCUUCAGAGGCACCAAGAGACGCACACGGGCCCGAGACCCUACGAGUGCGCCGUGUGCGGCAAGACGUUCAAGCUUUCGAGGAACCGAAACGCUCACGAGAAGGCCCACGGCGGGGAAAUUGCGAGGUCUGUCCACCGCGGAGGAAGAGGACCCGCGGCGGGCCUGUCCCUCGCGGGGCGAGAACCGGCAGGGAACCCCGGUCCUGAGACGUGGCCAGCGGCGCAGGAGAGCCGCGGGGACGAUGUCACUUCUGCUCCGAGGGGAGACGGUGGUUGUGACCGUGGGGAGGGGUUCGGGCACCCCGUGGUCCGCCCGGGGUGGACGCUCGACUCCCUGCUGGACGUCCACCCCGCGUGGUUUUCUGACCGGGAGCGCGGGGAGCUCGUCACUCGCGGCAGGCCGCUGGGAGAGCUCCGUGGAGCGAGAGAGGCGGAGCGAAACGGCGCGCCGAGUCCCGCCGCCGUCCCCGCGUCGGUGAAGCGAGAGCCUGGAGAACGCGACGGGCUCGCUCCGGAGGCCGUCAAGGAAGAAGCAGGCGAGGGGCCCGGCUCCCAGACGGAGCGCCGCCGCCCCUCCUUCGCCGUGGACGUGGCGAAACACGAGCCGGGAGCUGGCGACGACUUCGCGACGUGGCCCGGCGUCAAGGUAGAGCACGCGGAUGAAGAGGGUUCUGCCUCGGGAGCGGACGCGGAGGUGGAUGCGGGCGGCUUCAAGCUCUACACGCAGCCGGAGCGGGUUGAGGUUGAGGUGUGGAUGGAGGGUGGCGGUAGUGACAUCGAGUAGACUGAGUUUUUUUUUUCUCUAGAUGUAAAAGUACCACAACAUGUUGGUUAAGGUUAGGGGUGGAUACCCAACUCAGAUAAAACUUAAAACUAUUUUUGUGUUACCAGGUAAGGCCCACCCAGCUGUACAGCUCUUUUUCAGAAGCGACCUGGCUAUCACAAAUAAUAGCUCGGCGAAGUGGCUUAUCAUCACGUGGAAAUUUAUAGCAGCCAAAAAAACUCUUUAAGACGCAGGUUUCUAAAUGCAUAAAUGCCUCGGACGUGUCAGUCAAAUAGUGAGGGGGUGCAGAUACAUGUGGCGCUCCAAAUUGCAACGGCAAUGAGGAAGAUCGUUUCCGUUGCAACGAUCUGCAAACCAGGCCCCUCUAUCGCUGUCACUCGUUCCUCAACACCUUUUAGCACGCCCCCCCUGUCAACUAUAUCAUUCUAUUGUCACCGUAUUGUAAGCUAUGCCAAGCGUCUUGAUUGAAGGUGCUCUCUAUAUAAAUUAUAUAGGCGAUGUUUCGGGCUGCGGCCCUUAUUCAUUGCUUCAUGGCUUCCAAGAGAUAUUAACUUUUUCUCCGCACGGCUGAUGUUGAUGUCGAACCGUAGCUGUGAUUCUACAUGGAGGUGGUUGAUGAGCCAGAUGACCACUACCCGUGCUUGCCGGUUUCAAAUGUUCAACAUUCGCAAAAUCCGACCACAUAUUUCAACCUCUGCUGAAAAACUCCUCAUCCAUUCCCUUAUCCAUAUUCGUCUGGACGACUGCAACUCUAUGUUCCAUCUGCCCGUUUACUCUUUGUCCUCCAUUCAACAAAUCCAAAACAACUCAACUCGGAUAAUAUUCAACCUUAUAAUUCUAAUGCCUCGACCCUCCUCGUGCAACUGCACUGGCUCCCUGUAUACUACCGGUGCCAAAUUCCUCACCCUGGUCUACAAUUCCCUUCAAUGGACUUGCCCCACCAUGACUUGCCAUGCCUGCAUCUUUCUACGUGUCUUCUCGCUCGCUACGUCCUCAAUCUUUGUUCUCUGAUCCUUCUCCUUGCGCUCAAUCCACGCUUUUGCUCUUUUUCUCUUCUCGCCCCCCCCCUCCACAUUCAGUGGUCACCUUCGCUCACCAAGUUUCCGCUCUGCACUCAACACUUAUUCCCUAGCUCAACCCACGACCCCACCCCUUAAUCUCCCUGUCAUAACCGCCACUGUUAUUUUUCCCUCUUAAUAUUCUCAUUAUAUGGCUUUCACUCAUUCCCCAUUCAUCAUUGUUUCUAAGAACAAAUGUGACCUAAGGUCUUCGCUCAUUUACCAGCUUCACAUUCCUUAUUGCCGUACAAAUACUGGAGGAAAGGCCUUUUCUAUUGAUACCCCCAGGGUCUGGAAUGCUAUCG